AUGCGCCGUUCGUCCCCCGCGACAAAGACGGAUCGCCAUCGAGACGAAGCCGUCGCCGACUCUCAUUUCCGGGAUGAGGGCUUUCAAGCUCACUUGCACGACCCCGCCACUGUUCCGGUCCCCGGUCCCGUCGUCCUCUCCGUGCCGGAGCGCGCGUCCACCGAGCAAGAUCCGAGCCAGAACAAUGAACCCGAGUUUCAUCGUCAUACAAUCGCCGCGUCCAACACGUCGAUAGCUGAUGCUUUCCCCGCCGACGGCGCUACCGCCACUCCUACCGCUACCGCUACCGCUACCGUUACCACGACGGCUUCCGGAACCGCUACUCCCAACACCCUAGCCUCGACGACUCCUCAUCUCCACCAAAACAACGCCGACAGCGAGGAUUACAGUGACAGUGACAUUGACAACUUCGACUCCGACAUAGACCUCGAUCUCAGCUUCGACAUCUCACCCGACAUCGCCCUCUCUAGUCUCCUUCGCCCACCAUCCUUCAACCACCUCAAUCAGCACAACUUCCCUCUCAACCUCAAUCACAACUACCCCAGCCACCUGGAAGACUAUGACUUCGAUAUGAGCGAUAGCGACGGAGGCGCCCCCCUUGACGACAUCAUUGCUGCCGCCCACAUCGAUUCUACCGUACCUCAACUAGUCUUCCAAGGCCACCCUCCCCCGUCCGACGAGGACGACGAUGAUCAAGUGCCAGAUCCUGGCUCACUCAACUACCUACACCCGUUCGCCUUUCAUAUACCAGCAAUGGAAGGUGCCGGAUUGAUCAUGGACGUUCCUCCUCCUCUGGGCUGGGCCCCGCCUCCUACCAAUGCUCCUCAAAAUCAGCAACCGGCGCCUCAACUCGCGCCGCCUGCAAACGAUGUCUGGGAUGAUGGUCCCUUGGUCAGCAAUCCGAACCCAACCAUGCUCGGGUCCGAGAACCUGGGCUUGAUAGACUUUGUCCGAAACUGGGCCAUACAAGCCCGCAUGGCAUCAUCCCAGUCCACGGCGAGAUCAAAUGCUCCAUGUCCUCACAGUAUUCGCGAGCAGGCUACUCGCCAAAUCGACGAAGUCCGAUACUCGGACCUGCAGGGCGAUGCUUGCGAUAUGCAGGGCAUUGACUGGGCAGCUAUGGGCACCACCCGAAGUCAUGCACGGAAGAGGCGAUAUCUCACAUAUAGAAAUUAUACUAACAAGGAGGGGUCUGAUCGAUGGACACCUCUCGUGCGCGAUGUCAAGAUCCCGCCGCAUGACAGUUUCUUCCGAUUUCGAAACCUGCACGUCCGCCCAGACGUUUACCUCGCUCAUUUCCAAUUGCGUAGCGUCCUAGCAUGUCCCUCGCGGAGUCAGGCGUUCUACCCUGGUACGCGAGGAAUCAACUGCAUUAACCCCAUCUCCAGGAAGACGGAGUUGGCCCUUGAUUUAAGUGGAAUCAGUGGGCUUGGUUCCAUCAUCUCCACUCUCGAUGCCAAACAUGGCGUAUUAAUGGCUGGCAUGUUCAAUGGAGAGUACUGCUUGAGGAACCUCGAAUCGGAUGACAGGAGGCACUUUGUGGACGGUCAGAUCACAGGCAACCCGGGCGGUAUCACCAACCACUUGCAAAUCCACCUCCCUCGGCGGUCAUCACGCCCUGUGGCGGCUCUCGCAAGCAACGACCACGGAUUCCGCGUCAUGGACCUGAGCACGGAAACGUUUCUCAUGGAUACCGUGUAUCCCUUCCCCCUAAAUUGCACCGCCAUCUCCCCGGACGGCCGACUGAGAGUCAUGGUGGGCGACCACUGUAAUGUCAUUAUUUCCAACGCGGAGACGGGCCAGAUCCAGAAGGAGCUCACCGGACAUCGUGAUUUCGGCUUCUCCUGCGACUGGUCUGACGAUGGUUGGACAGUCGCUACAGGCUUCCAGGACAAAGGCGUCAAGAUCUGGGAUGCCCGUCGAUGGUGCAGCACGAGCGGCGAGGGCAGGCCCCUCUGCACCAUCCGGUCCGAGAUGGCGGGUGUUCGAAACCUACGCUUCUCCCCAGGUGGCAGCGGCCAGAGGGUUCUCGUGGCAGCCGAAGAGGCUGACUACAUCAACAUCAUCGAUGCUCAGACGUUCCGCACCAAACAGACUGUUGACAUAUUUGGCGAGAUCGGCGGCGUUGCCUUUACCAACGACGGGCAGAACCUGAGCGUGCUAUGCAGCGACCACCACCGUGGAGGACUCCUUCAACUAGAACGGUGCGGCCGCGGCAUCGAGCCCUUCAUUGACGAUGAAUGGCCACAGCAAGCUAAAUACUUUUCCUCGCACAACCGGAAAGGUAACCAGAUACGUCCCUACGAGCCCUACCGCCGAAGGCCAACCAUGCUGGAUUCAGUGAUAUUUUUAUAA